AUAUUGUAUGUGCUAAUGCUGUAGGAAAUUGACAGGUAUGAAGGAGGACUCUUCAAUCUUUUGCGUUCAAGGGUGCUUAAUGCUAUAAAUAAACUUAUUCACAUCCAACAAUUUCUUCAUUGUGAAUCAAUAAUCCAUGUCCUUCGUAAAGACCAUAUCGUAGCUGUUAUGUUUGUUGGGAAUUUCAUUGGAAUAAUUUGUGCUAGGUCUCUUCACUAUCAGUUUUAUUCCUGGUACUUCUUUUCUUUGCCUUUUCUCUUGUGGAAGACUCCUUUCCCUACCAUCAUCAGGCUGCUUUUGUUUGCUGGUGUAGAAUUCUGCUGGAAUGUAUAUCCAUCAACAUCUUUUUCUUCACUCAUUUUGCUUUUCCUGCAUUUAGCCAUAUUGUGGGGUCUCUGGAUUUCUCCAACUGAGCAACCUAUUGCUGAAAAAGAAUCUUGUUCCAGUGGAUGAUCCAUCGAUCAUACGGUUAGAAGAUUUCUGUUUGGAUAUUACAUUUUUCUUUGUAAAACUUUUCAACAAUCUAUAUUAGAAAGCUUUUUUCUACAACAGUUUUGAAAAAGUACUUUUUUACCGCUGUUUUACAAAACAGUAAGAAAGUUAUUCCAAACAAAAUCUUUGUUAUCAAAAGAUGGCUCAACCAUGCCUUGAUCAUUGUC